AUGGUGGAUGCCCUCAACCCUGAGAAAAACAGACAGACAGUUUGCAGGCUCUUGGCCUUGGCCCACCUGUCGCAAGGAAGCUCCGGUGGAGACUCAAAAGGCCUACCCUGCCUCAGUCAAUUCGGCAAAGUGCACCUCCACCUCAUACUGGCGGUACCCUCAAGUUGGCUCAUACCUCGACUGCAUCAGCCACGGAAACUGCAAUACCAACCGAGGAAGCGAAUUGUGGACAGAUGUCCUGCCCGUUACAGCCGUGGAGUGCCGAGCCCCAUUGUACAAGCGUCUGCACGGAGCUACACGAAGAGAAUACCACAGUCACCCCUGAGUCGUCUCUCAUGCUCUCUGUGGCCGGGCAGCUCCUCACAAAGCAAGCGAAUCACCCACUGGCAAGUCCAGUGUAGGCAUAGUGCUGGAAACCUGCCUCUACAUCUUAACAUCAUGGGACAUUGUCACCGUUGGCAGAAACCCAAGGUUCUGACACUCACCCUCCGCACGCAUCCAGAUAAGUUGCAAUGUAUAGCCUAG